GCCAUCGGGAACAGUGGGGAGAUGAGCGUGUCGAGAGCAGGAAAAGGGGGCGUAAUCACUUAUUUUAUUUCAUAACAAAACACAACUACCGGUGUUCAGACAUUAUAUUUGUGAAGGAUAGACGAGGAGCCAUGGCGAAGCAGCAGGACACAAAGAAAUUAUUUGAGGAUCUCUCUGGCGCCGGGAAAUCCAUCGGCGUUCUGACAAGUGGAGGAGAUGCUCAAGGUAUGAAUGCUGCGGUCCGGGCUGUUGUCCGCAUGGGUAUUUAUGUGGGAGCUAAAGUCUACUUCAUCCAUGAGGGUUACCAGGGUAUGGUAGACGGUGGAGAUAACAUUGAAGAGGCAUCAUGGGAAAGUGUCUCCAGCAUGUUACAAGUGGGCGGCACAGUCAUUGGCAGUGCCCGCUGCAAGGAGUUCCGCAGCCACGAGGGGCGUCUAAAGGCUGCCCACCAACUGGUUCUGCGUGGCAUCACCAACCUGUGUGUGAUCGGAGGGGACGGUAGCCUCACGGGGGCCAACCUCUUCAGAGAGGAGUGGAGCGGGCUACUGGAAGAACUUGUUCGACAGGGUCUGAUUGACGCGGAGGCUGCCCAGAACAACUCAGAGCUGCACAUCGUGGGAAUGGUGGGCUCCAUCGACAACGACUUCUGUGGCACUGACAUGACCAUCGGGACAGACUCUGCCCUGCACAGAAUCAUAGAGGUGGUAGACGCCAUCAUGACUACUGCACAGAGCCACCAGAGGACGUUUGUGCUAGAGGUCAUGGGAAGGCAUUGUGGGUACCUGGCUCUAGUCAGUGCUCUGGCCUGUGGGGCCGACUGGGUCCUGAUCCCUGAGAUGCCUCCUGAGGAUGGUUGGGAGGAACAUAUGUGUCAGAAACUAUCUGAGAGCCGAUCCAGGGGUUCAAGGCUGAAUAUAAUCAUAGUUGCUGAAGGAGCCAUUGACAGACAAGGAAAGGCUAUUACUGUUGAUAAUGUCAAGGAUCUGGUCGUUAGCUGUCUGGGGUUUGACACCCGAGUCACCAUCCUGGGUCACGUCCAGAGAGGAGGAACCCCCUCUGCCUUCGACAGGAUCCUAGCCAGUCGUAUGGGAGUGGAGGCGGUCCUGGCCCUGCUAGAGGCGUCAGACAGUACCCCGGCCUGUGUGGUGUCUCUGUGUGGGAACCAGGCUGUCCGUCUGCCCCUCAUGGAGUGUGUUCAGAUGACACAAGAUGUCCAGAAAUCCAUGGACGAGAAGAAUUUUGAGGAAGCCGUGAGACUGCGUGGGAGGAGUUUCGAAAACAACCUGAACACCUACAAACUCCUCUCUUACCACAAAGCAGACUCUGAACUCCCAAAUAGCUCCUUCAACGUGGCUGUGCUGAACGUGGGCGCCCCCGCGGCGGGCAUGAACGCAGCUGUCCGCUCGGCCGUCAGGGUGGGCAUCAAAGAGGGGCACAAGAUGUUUUCCGUUAAUGACGGCUUCGAGGGAUUCUACAAGGGACAGAUAAAGGAGAUUACAUGGGGAGAUGUAGCAGGUUGGACCGGCCAAGGGGGGUCCAUACUGGGAACAAAGAGAACCCUUCCAGCGAAGCAUCUUGAUAAGAUUGCUGAACAAAUCAGGAUACAUAACAUCAAUGCUUUGCUUGUUAUCGGUGGAUUCGAGGCGUUUGAGUGUCUGCUGCAGCUCUAUGAGGCCCGGACCAGCCAUGAGGACUUUUGCAUCCCGAUGUGUGUGCUGCCUGCCACCAUUAGUAACAAUGUGCCCGGUACUGAUCUGAGUAUCGGGGCAGACACUUCCCUCAAUGCCAUUGUGGAGACAUGCGACCGCAUCAAGCAGUCUGCCAGUGGGACCAAGCGGCGUGUGUUCAUCAUUGAGACCAUGGGGGGGUACUGUGGGUACCUGGCCAGUGUCGGGGGGCUGGCUGCGGGGGCUGACACCGUCUACAUCUAUGAGGAACCUUUCGACAUCAGAGACCUCCAGUCCAACGUCGAGCACUUGACAGAGAAGAUGAAGACGGGGAUCCAGAGAGGCUUGGUGCUGAGGAAUGAGAACUCCAACGAGAACUUCACCACAGAUUUCAUCUACCAGCUGUACUCUGAGGAGGGGAAAGGAGUGUUUGACUGCAGGAAGAACGUGCUUGGACAUAUGCAGCAGGGAGGGGCUCCUUCUCCAUUUGACAGGACCUUUGGAACGAAGAUUGCAGCAAAAGCAAUUCAGUGGAUUUCAAGAAAGCUAAAGGAGUCCUACAAAAACGGGAAAGUGUUCGCUAACACAGAGGACACGGCCUGUUUGCUGGGGAUGCGUCGCAGAACCAUGGCCUUCCAACCAGUAGUGCAGCUGAAAGAUGAGACAGACUUUGCCCACAGGAUCCCUAAGGAACAGUGGUGGUUGAAGCUUCGCCCCCUGAUGAAGAUCCUGGCUAAGUACAAGACCAGCUACGAUGUGUCUGACUCUGGCCAGCUGGAGCCAGUGACCCGGGUCAGGCCCAAGAAGGCAGACUGAACAGACCAUCUAGCCUUGCUGACCAGCAUUGACCAGCAGAUAGCUAGACUAGAUAGGCUAGUCUGCUCUGAGCUGAUCUAUUCAGUGUAACUUAGCCUUUAUCAUGAUAACUCUUACCAGCACUUUUCAGUCCAUCCCAUUCUCAUGUCUCCUCAGAAACUCCACCCUUCAUCCGAAGUAUGCACUUGCACACUUUCUCUUAUGAGUUUUACAAUGGUGAAAACUGCUUCCAGCCAACACUUGUGCUUUUAAAUCCAUGACUGGGCGUGUUAUAGUGCACACUUCUGGAAAAGGGUGGAGAAUCAGGAUGUAGCUUGAGUCGACUCCCAUAGGUUCUUCUUCCCUCUCCAUGUUCUUCUAAAGGGAGAGCCGACUGUGUCUCCCAUCACCUACUGUAGGUCUAUUCCACUGUGUGUUGUUACUCUAUACUUGCACUUUGUAUCAAACCUGGGCUGUGUGUGGCACUUAAAGGGAUAGUUCACCCAAAUAAAAUAAAAAGAACAGAGGUUUUCUUACCCUGUAAGCAGUUUGUGGCACUUAAAGAGUAGGGGCUGUAUUCAAUCCGUGUUGCAGAAAUUCAGCGUUCCCGCGUUAGCUGAAGAUGCCUGCUCAGUAGGAAAUGACCUUUACAUUGCUUUAGCGAUACGGAUUGAAUAGAGCCCUGGGUCUAUGUUUGUUCUGUUGCUGUAUUAUGUUGCUUUGUUGAGGAUGAUGCAUUUGUGAAAACCAUUAUUAUGCAAUAUAACCUUGUUCUAAUAUGUUGACUCACUGUGUGUUUUCUCCAAUUAAAGAAUACUUGUGAAACCUCAA